UACAGGCACUGUCUUGUUCUCAUCUUACUGAGGGAUGUUGGGUGCUGGAAGAACUUCAGCAUUGUGGAGACUGAUGCAUCAGGGAGAUCGCUUCUCUCACGGGGGUGCAGGGCCUGGGCUAGGAAAGAAGAGAGGAAUCAGUUACUUUAAAUAAAGCCUGUAACCUAUGGCAGCAGCCACUAAGGAGCUCUCCAGCAAAACCCAAUGACAGUCCUUAUCUUGUGUGAGCCGACUCAAGUCAGGAGUAGAGAAAAUCCAGCAGCUUUCUGAGGGAUCCAUGUUUGGCCACGGUCUGAAGCAUCUGUUCCACAGUCGAAGGCGGUCCCGGGAACGGGAGCAGCAGCAGCAGCAGCAGCAAACAUCUCAGGACUCCCAGCAGCAGCAGCACGGCAUGUCAGAUCAUGACUCCCCGGACGAGAAAGAGCGCUCUCCAGAGAUGCACCGUGUCUCCUACGCCAUGUCCCUGCACGACCUGCCUGCUCGGCCCACUGCCUUCAACCGUGUGUUGCAGCAGAUCCGCUCCCGCCCCUCCAUUAAGAGGGGGGCCAGUCUACACAGCAGCAGCGGGGGCAGUGGAGGGGGUGGUGGUGGCAGUAGCAGCAGCCGCAGAACCAAGAGCAGCUCCCUGGAGCCCCAGCGGGGCAGUCCUCACCUGCUGCGCAAGGCCCCUCAAGACAGCAGCCUGACAGCCAUCUUGCACCAACACCAGUGUCGACCCCGGUCUUCUUCCACCACUGACACUGCUCUGCUGUUGGCAGAAAGCAGCAAUACCUAUUUCUUGGCUGAAGAGUCCGAGGGCCUUUCUGAUAAGGCAGAAAAGGGUGACCUCAUCACUCUUCCCGGGGGCCCUGGCCAUGGUGAGUCAGAUGGCCCCAUCAGCCUGGAUGUCCCCGAAGGGGCCCCAGAUCCCCACCGGACCAAGGCCGCCAUUGAACACCUGCACCAGAAGAUUCUCAAGAUCACCGAGCAGAUCAAGAUCGAGCAGGAGGCCCGGGAUGACAAUGUGGCCGAAUAUUUGAAGCUGGCCAACAAUGCAGACAAGCAGCAGGUGUCUCGCAUCAAGCAGGUGUUUGAAAAGAAGAACCAGAAGUCAGCCCAGACCAUUGCCCAGCUGCACAAGAAGCUCGAGCACUACCACCGGAGGCUGAAGGAGAUCGAGCAGAACGGACCCUCGCGGCAGCCCAAAGAUGUGCUGAGGGACAUGCAGCAGGGCCUGAAGGAUGUGGGUGCCAACAUGCGGGCGGGCAUCAGCGGCUUUGGGGGCGGCGUGGUGGAGGGCGUGAAGGGAAGCCUCUCGGGGCUCUCCCAGGUGACCCACACGGCCGUGGUAUCCAAGCCCCGGGAGUUCGCGAGCCUCAUCCGCAACAAGUUUGGCAGCGCGGACAACAUCGCUCACCUAAAGGACCCGCUUGAGGACGGGCACCCAGAGGAGGCAGCCAGGGCUUUGAGUGGCAGUGCUACCCUGGUGUCCAGUCCCAAGUACGGAAGUGAUGAUGAGUGUUCCAGCGCCAGUGCCAGCUCAGCUGGAGCAGGCAGUAACUCUGGGGCGGGGGCUGGUGGGGGGCUGGGGAGCCCCAAGUCCAACACCCUGUACAGUCACCCCAACAACCUGGAUACUCUUCUGGAAGAGCUGCGGGAGAUCAAGGAGGGCCAGUCCCACAUGGAGGACUCCAUGGAGGACCUGAAAGCUCAGCUGCAGCGAGACUACACCUACAUGACCCAGUGCCUACAGGAGGAGCGCUACAGGUAUGAGCGCCUAGAGGAGCAGUUGAAUGACUUGACAGAGCUACACCAGAACGAGAUGACCAAUCUGAAGCAGGAGCUGGCCAGCAUGGAGGAAAAAGUGGCUUACCAGUCCUAUGAGAGGGCUCGAGACAUCCAGGAGGCUGUGGAGUCCUGCUUGACAAGGGUCACCAAGCUGGAGCUCCAGCAGCAGCAGCAGCAGGUGGUCCAGCUGGAGGGUGUCGAGAACGCCAACGCGCGGGCACUGCUGGGCAAAUUCAUCAAUGUGAUCCUGGCGCUGAUGGCCGUGCUGCUGGUGUUUGUCUCCACCAUCGCCAACUUCAUCACGCCUCUCAUGAAGACGCGUCUCCGUAUCGCCAGCACUGCCCUCCUUGUCCUCGUCCUCUUCCUCCUCUGGAAACACUGGGACUCUCUCAGCUACCUGCUGGAGCACGUACUACUGCCCAGUUGAAUCACCAGCCGGAGCACUUCCCCAGCUCCCAAGCAGCUUCUGUUCUAGUGGGGAGACCUGGCACCCCUGGACUUUUUCGUGUGUUUGGUUCAGGUUCUCGCCCCAGAUCCCUGCACUCUGUUGUUUUCCUUCCUUUUCCUUGUGUUUCAUUCAUAUCUGAUGAUGUUUCCUCCCUCCCAAGGGAAAACGGGUAGUUCGGAAGCUGACCGCUUCCCUCCCUCAGCACAGAUAUGGGAACCAUAACAGAGUGGAGAAGAAAACCAGGGGUUAUAUUUAUUUGAUUACUUAAAAGACAUUCAAGGUCUUCCUGCUGACCUACAGAUGACUCUUUGGGGCUCAAGAGUCAUGGAAAGAGGGAGGAAGGAGAGAUCUCUGCUCUGAGUCCCUUGGGAGAGAAUUCACCCUGCAGACCUCUCUCCAAUUUGAGCUCAGGACAGAGAUGGACAAGCAGACCAAAUGGGAGAGAGGAAGAAAUUCACAGAUCCCUGAGGUCUAGGAGAGGCCAUUAGAGGAGAGAGGUCUUUGAAGGGCCAGAAAGUGGUCCCUGGGAUCCCAGAUGUCUGCAGGGCAAAGGGGGACUGAGAGGAGCUGGUUCCCAAGCUUAGCUCAGCCCUGUCUGCUGCAGAGCUGAACCCUGUGAUGCACAGGAUACGGACUGCACUUGGGAAUUGUGUGUUGUUGGGUUUUGUUGUUUGUUUUUUGUUUGUCCUUUUCAUGCUGUCAUCGACCUGGCAUUUUCAGAAAAAUACAGCAUUCCUAUCCACUUACCCAGGGGCCCCAACUCUCAGAUCUGGGGCUCCUGCAAGUAUUGUCGAUUUAUUUAUUUAUUUAUUUAUGGCUGCAUUUCCUCUUUCCACCCUGAAUUCCAGGGACCGCCCCCCCAAGUAUUUUUUCCGCCUCUUCUUUGCCUGGAACCAGGGUCCUACCCUGGGGAUUUCCAUCUGGGUAGCAGUAGCACUUUCAUACAAUUUGCCUUCUGGAUCACUGAGUCCAAAUUGGGAGCAAAGUUACCAACCCCCACCGCAUUUCUCCUGUGGGAGCAGCUCCCUAGAGGGGGCAGGAAGAGUCACGUCUCGGCCUCCAUUUUUUAUGUCUAUUUAUUAUUUAUAUAUGUGUGUAUGUGUGUGUGUGUACUUUUUUUUUUUAAAUCACUAGAGUGUUGUGUAUGGUUGCUGUUCACAGUUCAUGCCUUCCCAUUGGCGCUUCCAGAAGAAAAGGGGGUUCCUGGGAGAAUGAGCAAUAGAAUCUCCCAGUGUCGGGUGAGCCCUGUCCACUUGGAACUUGACUGGGGAUUUCAAGAGAAAUAAAGAACCUCCCUGAAUUCUCAAACCCA